GGCGCCGGAGAGGGCGUCCUGCUGCUGCCCCGUCACGCGUGCCCGCAGCAUACGAGUGUCCUGGCGUUCGUGGAUGGAAAUAGAAGCCUAUUGAGUUGCUGUGGUGCUGGCCAUUUACGAGAGACUUCUUACCCGAGGCCCUGGAGAUUGGCAGAACACCUUAGGGACCAUCAACCCCAGGUGGUGUCGUUUCCAGUGAAAACGGAACUCCGGGGUGUAGCCGGAUUGGAGAGAAGAGAGUGACAUGUGCGCCCCCUUCCUGCGGUGGAUAGAUGAACGGAGCUCUCCAAGCUGGGCCUGGGGAAUGAAACAGUGGUGCAGCUGCGGACUCUGGAGCUGCCUGUAGAUUACAGGGAGGCUAAGCGGAGUGUCACCGGGAUCUGGGAAGAUCAUCAGCCGCAACUCGUCGUGCAUGUGGGCAUGGACACCGCCGCCAAGGCGAUCAUUCUGGAACAGUCUGGCAAGAACCAAGGCUACCGGGACGCUGACAUCCGGGGCUUCCGGCCCGAGGGCGGCGUGUGCCUACCUGGCGGCCCAGACGUGCUGGAGUCAGGGGUCUGCAUGAAGGCGGUCUGCAAGCGCGUAGCUGUGGAGGGUGUGGAGGUGAUCUUUUCCCGAGAUGCAGGCAGAUACGUCUGUGAUUAUACCUAUUACCUGUCUCUGCAUCAUGGAAAGGGCUGCGCGGCACUCAUUCAUGUCCCUCCACUAUCGCGCCGGCUCCCGACCAGCCUGCUGGGAAGAGCCUUGCAAGUCAUCAUCCAGGAAAUGCUGGAAGAGGUGGGAAAGCCCACGCACAAAGCCCAGUUCGAAGAAAACUCAACCAUGGUCCUUCCAGGCAGAGGGAACUGACCGGGGCAUUGCUCCUUUAGAGAAAAUUAAAUGUUUCAAUCCUGUGUGUAGCAUUCAACUGUGCAUUGAGAAACUUUUUCAAAAAUUGCUUGUAAGACAAAGAGGGUGGAAAACUCUGAAUUAGCCCAACAAAAUCACAAAGGGUUAUUUUAUUGUCCACCUUUCAGAGUGUUCUUUCUCCCGACAUUUCACAGGGGAUGAACUAGCUUCAGUUAUGGUUUUCAUGACAAUAAAAUGAAAUCUGAGUCA